UUUCAGACGAGCGCCGUGCUGUGUGCGGGUGGCUGUGUCCUGCUGGCCCUCAGCUCGCUGCUGGCCAUCGUUGCUGUCCUACUGCCCGGCGGAGCCUGCGAGAGGCGAGUCUGCACCCUGGCUGGCUACAUGCAGACAGCAGCAGUGUUCAUAAUGGCUUCUGGACUUUUGGUUUACCCUUUUGGUUUCAACUCUGCUACUGUGAAGAGAUUCUGUGAGAAUUCAGACAUCUACUAUGCAGGAGACUGCCAGAUUGGCUGGGGGUACAUGCUGGCAAUUGUUGGGGUCAUGUUGUCUGUCUUUUUACCAUUCUUUGCAAAAUAUGCACCAAAAGAGCACAUAUCUCCAACUCCAAUACCUACUAUUUUAUAGUAUUUUAUUACUGUUUAAGAACAGAACAUUCCUGUCUACGGGCAAUGGGCAGAAAUUAUUAUAGCACUUCCAUUUAGCUGUAUUGCUAAAGAGCAAAGAGGAGAUGGGGAAGAGAAGGUCAGAUUCACAAAGACCAAAAGUGCAUUGAUAGUCUUCCGUACGUACGAGCAGCGAACACUCUGGAACUGAAAUAAGAUGAAGCAGCAGCCUUUAUACUGCUCUAAACAUAUAGUGGCAUAAUGCCUUAGACAAAAAAAAAAUCGGUUUAUCCUCAAAACAUCUGUCUACCUCCCAGUUUCUUUUGUGUCUCAAAAUUGUAAGUCUUUUAAAAGCUUCAAUUCACUUUUUAUAUAUUAUUAAAUGUCAAAACUUUUAUGAACCCAAUAAUUUUAAAAUCAAUAAUGAUAUUUUGUUACAAUUGUUUUGAUUAGUGACAAAAGCAUGUACUAGUAGCCACGGCCUAAAAUUAAGUUUGAUAUCUAAAAUGAACUGUAUUCAAGAAAAGUUUUUUUAAUCUAUAUGUAUUAGUAGUAUCUGCAUAUUUUAAGUUGUUGGCACACUUUUUAAUACUGAUCUAAUCGUAAAGAAUUAAUCUUCAUGAAGGCUUGCAUAAAAUUUAAGUUAGAUCUCUCUUUGUCUGAAAAGAAGUAACUACUUCCAAAGGCUUCAUGAUGAUUUAAUAGUUUAACAACAGCAAAAAAAAAUGCCAGAGAAUUUUUUUUCAGUGUUUCUUAAAUUAUAAUUUUAGGUGGACUUUUACAAAAUUAUUUGAACUAUUAGAACAGUAGAUUUUGUUGUUUGAUUUUUAAGGCCAAAAAGAAAAAUCUGUUUAAAAAAAUGUAUGUGCCCAAUGGCCCCUAUAUGUAGCGACAGUGCGAGCCAGAAUGAACUAGACUCUAAUAUUUCCAUUAGUAUUAAGAGCCCAUUAUUGUUUAAAAAAAAAAAAAAAAAGUGAAGUGAAAUGCUACUGAUCACAACUAA